AUGUCUUCCUCCCAACAGCCCCCUAGGCCCCUCAGCCACUUCUCUCCUAUCCCCGUAUCCGCUCUGUCCGCCUUGUACGACAACGACAACAAGAUCCUCUAUCUCAAGGCCCAGGGCAAUGCCGUCAACAUCACCACUGACAUUCAAAUCGUCCGCCUCCAGCAGAUCGGCGGUCUGCUCUUCCAGGUUGUAGGAUGGGUCGGCCCCGUCACUGAGGGAACCCGCUCUUACACCGUAUCCAACACCUUCCCCAUCGAUCUCCCCAGCCGCGUCUUCCCCUCCGGCUACGUCGUCAUCAAGGGCGGCGACAACACCCAGCUCACCGUCAAGAUCGAGCCUCUCCUCAAGGACGGCGGCAACAACGCCAAGCUCCAGACCUCUUCCAACGCACAGGCCGACUUCGAGAUCCCCAACGUCAAGCUCAUCCCCCCUACGGAGCCCAUCAUCACCAAGCUCGGACAGGGCUUCACCGUCCGCCAGAACGACCAGUUCAAGGGCCAGGGAGGCAGCGUCGACGUCUUCUUCAACUCGGCCUUUGUCAAGCUGACCAACGCCAGCAUUGUCGAGAACCAGAUCGAGUGGACCUUUGACACCCUGCAGACCGGCAACUCCCAGGUUAUCGUCUCCGUCUCCCAGCAAAACCCUCCCUUCUCCUACCGCGUGGUCCGCAACGUCAUAAUCAAGCCAGCCGCCUCCACCGAGGCCCUCAAGCCCCUGGCCCUCUUCUCCGUCAACGACGCCGCCAAGGCCACCCAGGACAACACUGAGGCCGAGAUCGCCAAGUCUAGCACCGGCGGCAACAAGGAGCUCAUCCCUUCCUGGGACGUCGCCGUCAACAUCGGCCUCAACCUCAUCAAGAAGCAGUUCCCCUCCGCCCAGCUCCAGAGCGCUACCGGUCGCUCCCCGACCGGCGCCGGCGUCGAGCAGUCCUACGAACUCACCAGCGUCAACGUCACCGCCCGCCUCGACGGCAACAAGACGGCUUCUAUCCGCACCCAGGGCCCUCUCGACUUUGGCCCCGUCACGCCCGGAGGCCUCCUCAUCGGCGUCACACCCUUCGAGAGGCCCGUCAAGGUCAGCUCCACCGACGCCUUCAAUAUUGUCCGCAAGGCCGGCUUCCAGGCGCCCGUCAACAGCCUCUCGCUGUCCCAACCCGUCGUCAACACCGUCACCCAGCCCCUUUACACCAUUAGGGUUGGUGACCAAACUGUCCAGCUUGGAGCUACGGAUGGCAAGAUUGUCAGCAACUAG